GUCAUAACUAGGCCCUUCUUAAGGUGAGUCACUCAACACCGGAGAUACUUUUUGAAUGUUGGAGCUCUAUAGCAAAUGGUUCUCCACAUUUAUAACUGAUGCUGGGAGUGCUUGAGGAGCUCGGAAGAGUUUCAUCUUCACAGCUUGCUGUCCUACAAACGGAUCUCUGAAGCUCAUAAGGUUAUAAAGAGUCGAAUAGGAGAGACCUUUAAAAAUGCCAAAAAAAAAAAAAAAAAACACCUUACAUGCAAGUUAUUUUCAUACUGUAUUUACAGGAUGUACUGGAAGUGAGAGUUUGUAGUAGUUAAUCCUUCAUCAAAACCUGAUAAAAAAUUAGCUUGUCAUUCACCAAUGAUGUACUGUUAUUUUCCAAAAUUAUUAUUUACUGAAAUUUAAGUAAAUUCUUCAACAGUAGCCAUAGACAACCCUAGAACAGUAGUUUUCAGCACAGCUGAAAAUUAUCCACAUGAAGAUUCAGAAAAUUUUAUAAUACAGUCAACAAAAGAGGUUAUAUGACUGCUUGUAAAGUCAUAUGACACCAGUACUGCUGGGUUUGCCCUUAACAUUUAACCUACCUGCUAUGCAACACUGCAAUUAUGAAAGAACUGGACUACAAAAAUAGGUCCAACAGAGAUAAAAUAAUUACCAACAACUUUUCAGUUGCUGGUAAAGUUUGGCAGUCUUUUUAAUGUGUUUGUAAUGUUUAAAAUCAGUGAAAAGUGUGAAAAGUGCAUUACUGACAUUACUGACAUUGCAGAACAUUUGAAAUGCAGGUGCUGUAGGGUAUCUGAAACAAUACACUAAUGAGUUUUUAUUUCUGGUUAGGUUUUUGGGGACUGGUGAACAAUGACGAAGUGCUUGAACAUACACGUGAUGGACAAUUUCUUCCCAUGAGAGUAUUAAGAAAAAUCUUGAAUGUGAAUGUUGUUGUUGGUACGAAGGUGACCAAAGUUUUCCUCCCUUUGAUAAGACAAGCAAAAGUAUACAUUGGUAUGUCUUAAAUAUAUUAUGAUGUAUGUUAAAUCCAUGAUGCACACAUAGUGAUAUCAGAGGAAAAAUUUCAUGAGUACUAGGAUUGCACUAUUAUUGCACUUUCAGGACAUGAAAAAUGUACUAAAAGCACAUUUAAAUUCCAUUACAAAUGACCACCUCAGGCAGUUCAGAUGAGAACAAGCAUUAGAAUGAGAAAGCAUUUUGCUGUUUCAUUCAGCUGUGGUUGUGUUUUUUUUGUUGGAGUUGAUAAGAUGACAGGUUUCAGCCAGCAAACUCUAUCUGAAUUUACUCAAAUCAAAAAGGCGGAUUUGAGCUUCCUUGGCUGUGUGUAGGGUGUGGCUUGUAUGAGAUAGUACUGCUAUGUAAAAGGUUAAAGAAAGAGAAGGCUGCCUGUGACUCAUUGCACCUUAUUUACGUCUCAAAGCAGUUUCUCUUCCUUGGCCAGGUGUGCUGGUGAGAAUGGAGGCAAGUGGAAUGGAGCUCGGGCUGUGUGUGCUGAUCAUAGCCACCAGUGCUGCACUGCUGAUGGUGGCAUGGAGUAGAAGUUGCUUGUCAUGGUCAGUGGGGCUUGUGGUGGUGGAGUUGAUGCUGUGCUAUUGGAUAUCAAAUGGAAGUGUGGCAGUGAUACUGCUGAGUGUCAGCUGUGGCUGCUGUAUGAUCCACUUUACUGCAGGAAGAAAAGAGGACAUGCUGCCUGUGCAAGGCAAAGCAGUGCUCAUUACAGGAUGUGACUCCGGUUUUGGCCACAAUCUUGCUAAAAUCCUUGACAAAGCUGGGAUGAAGGUGUAUGCCGGAGUGCUGGAGGAGUUCGGACCUGGUGCUCAGGAGCUCAGGGAAGUUUCCUCUCCACAGCUUACCAUCCUACAGAUGGAUGUCACAAACAUCAGCCAAAUCUCUGAAGCUCAUAAGCUUAUCAAGAGUCAAAUAGGAGAGACAGGUCUUUGGGGACUGGUGAACAAUGCGGGAGUGCUUGGACAUAUGUGUGAUGGGGAACUUCUUCCCAUGAGAAUAUUAAGAAAAAUCCUGAAUGUGAAUUUUAUUGCUGGUGCAGAGGUGACCAAAGUUUUCCUCCCUUUGAUAAGACAAGCACAAGGAAGGAUUGUGUGUGUAUCCAGUAUGUCUGGAGAAGUGCCGUUCCCUGGUUUCGCUGCAUACGGAGCAUCUAAGGCAGCUGUGAUUUCUUACUAUGGAGCUCUGAGACAGGAACUGUCCUGCUGGGGUGUAAAAGUGGCCAUUGUUCAACCAGGGGGCUUCAAGACGAACAUUUUAGGCAAUCAAGAGGAAUGGAGUAAACUCCAAAAGGAAAUCCUCAGCACCCAGCCCCUAGAAGUAAUAGAUGCAUAUGGAGAAGAGUACAUCUGCUCUAUGCAGCACCGUUUAAGUAAAAUGACUACUCAAGCCUGUCCUGAUUUCAGGCCAGUUCUGGAUGAUAUACAACAUGCAUUACUCUCAGAAAAGCCAAGGCCCUUUUACCACCCGGGACGCACCGCCUGGGCCAUUCCGUUGCUACAAAGGAUCUGUCCAACGUGGAUGUUUGAUGCCAUUUUUGCACAGCUAUUUACUUAUGACAAGUUCUGUCCAGCAGGUGUGGCUUCCAAAAGAUGAAACACUUUGUGGGAAUAUGCACUAUGGUCUAACAGUAUGCCUAUACCAGCAUGCGUUUCUGCAGUGUCCAAAUAUGUUAAUAAUCUACUUAAUGUGCAUUUUCAGAAUGAGGGCAGACUCUGCAGGAAAUCCGAUGGCUAGAAUCUUAAAGACAAAUGAAUUAAUACAUUCUUCUGUCACACUCUGUAACCAUUCUGAAAAUGCAUGAUAGGGAAAGCUGCCUUCCCCCCCCCCCCCUGCAGUCACAGUCACCAGCCACUGGGGGAAAAAGGGUUAAUCCACAGGAAGACACUCAUUAUUUACUUGCCUGGUAGACACUAUAUAGAGAUGUGUAUUUUGGGUACAGCUCAAAAAUACUUGUUCAUAACUUUAUAAAGCCUGCUGUGGUUGGAUGUGUUUAAAUGUGAGCCACUGGAGCACUGAAAAGAAGUUAAAUGUUACUUUAAUUCUCCUUUUAAACCCAACAUGCAAGGGCAUGCAAUGCAGCGCUAAUGUAGCACUCUAAUUUCUAUCAGCAUCCUCAGGUUUUUGCUUAAUAUUCUCAGGCUUUCAUUCCAUACUUUCAGUUUUUUUUUUUUUUUUUAUAGUAAUGGCUCCACAUUAUAUAUGUAGAUAGAACCACAGAGCUCUUGCCUUGUGAAAGGCUUCAAUACAUAUCUUUAAGACAUUCUUUUUUUUUUUUUUUUUUAGUGUCUAAGUCCAGUUAUCGUGUUAU